AGUAAGAAAAACUGGUAGUUAAGUGGUUUCUUUAGUUCACGAUGGAUUGCCGAGUUGGUAUUGUCAAAGUUUUUUUGCUUCUUCUCACCCUCAGUCCGGCAUAUCCACGUACCUAUGAGAAUCUUAGCAAAAAAGCCUCUGUGAAAAAUUGGAUUUGUUAUCAGCUUAAACCUGAUGAGUGUUCGGCAACGAUGAAUGUGAACUGGUGCAAUGCUAACAAAUUUGAGGAGGCAGAUUGCAACUAUGAGGAUCUGCUGCAGUAUGUGGAAACUGACGUGAAGAGUAACAAUGGAGUUUACAAUACAAUUAAAUGUGUUCUAGCCUGCCCUGAAGUAUAAAUAUAAUUAAAUGUGUUCUAGCCUGCCCUGAAGUAUAAAUACAAUUAAAUGUGUUCUAACCUGCCCUGAAGUAUAAAUACAAUUAAAUGUGUUCUAGUCUGCCCUGAAGUAUAAAUAUAAUUAAAUGUGUUCUAGUCUGCCCUGAAGUAUAAAUAUAAUUAAAUGUGUUCUAGCCUGCCCUAAAGUAUGAAUAUAAUUAAAUGUGUUCUAGUCUGCCAUAAAGUAUGAAUAUAAUUAAAUGUGUUCUAGUCUGCCCUAAAGUAUGAAUAUAAUUAAAUGUGUUCUA